AUCUGGCGCACAGUCUUUGGAUCAGAUCCUGCUCUUCGCGUCCGGCUAACUGGCUGGACUCGCCUAUUGCUGCCCUGGGGUUAGUUUCUGUUUGGUAGCAAGCAAGCGCAAGAGAGAGCGAGCGAGAGGGAGAGAAGGAGAGUGAGUGUGAGAGAGAGAGAGAGCGGAGGAGUAAGAGCGAGCGAGCGUGAGAGAGAGAGAGAGAGAAGGAGAGCGUAACAGGAGAGAGUUCACUGCGAGGGGGGUGAAGAUUGAUGCCAGGCUCACGGAUUGAUGCUGCUGCUGCUGUUGAUGAUAAUGAAAGGAUUGUCAUAGCAGGAUGGCCUGGUUGGGUUGGGUUUGGUUGGGUAUGGCCGUGUGAGGUUUUUUUACUAACCCCGGGCGAGGAGAAUGAUGAUGUCGAUCAUCAUCUCCAUGAGCCUUCGUUAGCCUCGUCGAUUGCUGAUUCCAGUGAGAGUGGAAAGUGGAUUCAGUUGGCUCGGAUCGGGUCUGGUCUCCGCCUGGUGUGGUCUGGUAGACUCCGUGAGUGAACCAGAGAGAGGGAGAGAGACUGAGCGAGCGAGCGAGAGCGAGAGAGAAAGAGUAGAGAGAUCUUGCACAGGCGUAGGUUGGCAAGCGAGCUAGUUCGGAGAUCACAUUAGCCUUUACUGCACGCUGCUUUGUGCUGUUCUACGCGGUGGCUAUAGUUGGGCAUAGCGAGGGAAGGACUGAGGAAAAAACUGGGCUUUGGAAAGAAAAGGAAAGAGUUGGGAGCUGGACGAGAGAUUGAUUAUUGGAUGAUAUGAGAGAGUGAGUAGGAAGUGCGACGGAGUGAUUGAGUCGAGACGAAGAAAAAGUUUUGAAGUGUGUGCGGUUAUUAUAUUGAUUGACGUGUGAGCUAUAAUGGUUUUAGACGAGGUUUUUUCAGGUGCUUUGUAGUUCUCAAUAGGGUGUGGCGUGUUGUAGAAAUUUGAGCGUGACGUUCAAAUUUGUCAGUGGAUCCUUUUAUGUCGGGGAGUAGGUCGCGUGCUGACGAGGGGUGAUCAUAUUCACCUGGUCGAGUCUGGUAGACUUGAGAGACCGAGUCGGUGGGUCGGGGCAGCGGCGGUUACAGGAUCUUGCGCGCAUUUUUGGAUAGUGAGACAUGGGAAAUGCGCCAAGGAUGGUGUCGAUGAGAGUGGUACGCGUGUGAGUAGUUCUGGAUCACGGCGACGGGGUGGAUUGACGCGACCCUUGCGGGGGCGGGUAAAUUGGCAAAAGGGGUUUCUUGAGUGGAUAGGUUUUUGCCAAAGGUGGAGUUGGUUCAUCCUCCUUCGUUCUUGAAGUGGUUGUGUGGGACUGACUAGACAGGAUGCAAAACACGGGGCAGUAUGGGGUCUCAGACUCGCCACAGUUCGUGGUGGGGAGACCACCUGCGCACAUUUUCUCAAUCUCUCAUGACAAUAUGUCCAUCUCGUCUCCCUCAGCUGGCCAUCCGCUCCCUGGUCAUCACCCGCAACACCACCUGCCCCAUCACUUGCAAGCACAACACCACCACUACGGCCCGCACCCGGGUCACCAACCUCACCCUACCUUACAAGCCCACCAGCAAAUCCACCAAACUCAGUCCCCUCAUGCCGCUCACGCCCCACACCCUCAACAUCCGCAAUUCCCGCUGGCGCAGCAUCCUCAAGGCCAGCAACAGCAACAACCAGCCCAACCUCAUCAGCCUUCUCUUCAUCAGGAUGUUGCACAGCACCAGCAGGCUCAACAGCAGGCUCAGCAACAGCAGGCUCAACAGCAGGCUCAGCAACAGCAGCAACAACAGCAGGCUCAACAGCAGGUGCAGCAACAGGCGCAGCAAGUUCAGCAGGUCCAGCAAGCUCAGCAAGCUCAGCAACAAGCGCAACAGGCUGCUCAGCAGGCGCAGCAGCAGAUGGUGCAGCAGUUAGGUCUUGGGGGUCCAGACUCGCCGGAGGUUCCAUCGCCGGGUGUUAGUCGGCCCUCACCCACGAAUUACAGCCAGCAGCAGAUUGUGAGCGCGGCGCAGGAUGACGAUGGGCUUGAGGAGGAGGGUAGGAGUACUGGUGCCAAUCGGUGGCCCAGGCAGGAGACACUUGCGCUCAUAAAGAUCCGGUCGGACAUGGAUGCUAACUUUCGUGAUUCGGGACUCAAGGGGCCUCUCUGGGAAGAUGUUUCGAAAAAGCUUGCUGAACUUGGGUACAAUAGAAGUGCAAAGAAAUGCAAGGAGAAAUUUGAGAAUGUGCACAAGUAUUAUAAGAAGACCAAGGAUGGUAGGGCUGGAAGGCAAGAUGGUAAAAAUUAUCGAUUCUUUAGUCAGUUGGAAGCUCUCUACGGGGGCCAGCAGACUUCUGCUCAAUUGGAGAGUAAUGUUGCAGAAGUGGCAGUCGCUAGUCUCCUAGCAGGAUCCACUGUGCCAGGCAUAGCGGCAACUGAUGACUACAAUAUCUCCGCUCCGAGGCCGUCUGAAGUUAGCACCGGUGUUACACUGUCAGACUCGUCUGAAGAUGAUUACGAUGAGCUUGGGAGUGGUGAAGCUGACAAUCAGGAGAAGUCGCGAAAGAGGAAGCGCAUGGAAGGGGGUAAGUCUGGGACGUCGAAGCUCGACUACUUUGAAUCACUGAUGAAAAAUCUAAUGGAUAAACAGGAGAGUAUGCAACGGAAGUUCUUGGAAUUCAUGGAAAGGCGGGAACAAGACAGACAGGUCCGAGAGGAAGCGUGGAGACGGCAGGAAAUAGCGCGGAUGGCGCGGGAGCAUGAGCUUCGAGCUCAAGAGCAUGCCCUAGCUGCGACCAGGGAUGCGGCCCUAGUAGCAUUCUUACAGAAGGUAACUGGGCAAACCCUCCAGAUUCCGCAGUUCCCCUCGCGGCCUCCUAUAGUCACCGUCCCUCCAUCCAUAGAUUCCGUUGUGGCAGCAGCUCAAAAGCAGCAGUCUACCCCUACCCCCGUAACUCCUGUCCCAGCUCCAGCUGCUCCUCCCACCACUGCUUCUCAGCAACUAGUAGUUGCCAAUGUAGACGACAUUGACAAGGAUUCUCCUAUUGAUCCCAACAGUAAGAGAUGGCCGAAACCGGAAGUGCUGACACUGAUCAAGUUGCGGAGUGACAUGGAGUCGAGGUUUCAGGAGGCGGGACCGAAGGGUCCACUAUGGGAGGAGAUUAGUCAGGGAAUGGCUUGUUUGGGAUAUAACAGAAAUCAGAAGAGGUGUAAAGAGAAAUGGGAGAACAUCAACAAGUAUUUUAGAAAGACUAAAGAGAGUAACAAGAAGCGACCCGAGAAUGCUAAGACUUGUCCAUAUUUUCAUCAAUUAGAGGUGUUGUAUCGCCAGGGUGUUCUUGGUACCCCAAACAACAAGCAGGUCUCGAAGGUGUCAGCGGACUCACCGGCUCGUGAGCUUGUCGACCACCAAGCUGUGCCUUUAGCACACCGCAUCGAAGCUGCAGCUGGCAAAGGAGGCGACACCGAGAUGUUGAAGAUGCUGCCCGCGGCCGCCGAAGCUGUGCAGAAUGCGGCCUCCGCCGGAAACGGCACCCCUAGUGCCGCUGUGCAUUUUUUCUCAAGCCCUGAGAAUGGAAGCAGCGCGGAGCGAGGCGGUCCCAAGCAAGGCUCGGAGCCAUCCAUGUGACAGAGGUUUAUUGUCAAAUCGUUCGACGAUUGAGUCCUCGAUAAUGCUGUUUAUCAACGGCGUUGCGUUAAUCUCCGCACUUCCAAAGCAUCAUAUUCUGGUUCGUGUGUACGCCGUUUUCACGAUCUCCCUAUGUCAAGAUCCACGAGCACCUGAAGAGUAAACUGGUUUGGUUUCCGUGGCCAUCCGCUGACAUUCAAUGGGUUAUUCAUCGCUGCUUCAAUCCGAGCUGGUGGAUUGCGAUGCCGACGGUUUAAAUGUGAAGGGGUUUCUUCUGUAUCAUCUAGUUCGGAUCGCGGGGCCUGAAAUGUGUGAAUCUCUGAGCUUACGAGAGCGAGGGGAGGCUGGGGCUGGAGGCUGCUUGGACAGAUAUGAAUAAGUGCGCGACGCCCUCCUUGUCUUGCUUUCUGUGAGACGAGAGGAGUAGAAGGUAGGAAGUGGAGGUUGCAUUCUGUAACAUACAUGUACCAGUAGCGUGGGAUGAGAAUCCUACUGAGCGUGCUGCUGUGAGAUGUCCCUUAGGGUUUGAGAGUACAGAAAUCAAUAAGUCAGACACUCCGGUGUUAUAUGUUCGCUAGAUUAUCAGGACGGGUUUUGUGAACAAAUGAGGUACAUCAAGCAUGCCCGUGUUCCUUUUUAGUUACAGAUACAGAACUUGUUUCGAGGAUGACGCACACACCGGACUAUUCUCUUGGCGUAUAGAAUAUUUCAUAUUUUCGCGCCUUCCGUUUUGAAGUUUGUGCGAACUACAUUUUUAAAUUAGACAGUUCAAUUGUAGUCUAGGUCCCGUUGAAUCUGGACGUUUCAAUCUUUGUUGAAAUUACAUUUUUUGCUCGGUUUCUCAAUGACAUUCUACCUCAAAGCUGCUGUCGAGGCUGCGCUUUCGGUGUCCAAUUUCUCUU